GAGGGGCGGGCGCGGCCAGCGCCGGCGGCCCCGCUGCCUCGCCUGCCUUCCCGCUGCCCCAUGAGCCCGACGGCGGCCCUGGCUGGAGGGGCCGGCGCCGUGCCCGGCGCGCUGGAGCUGGGGCUGAGCGCCCUGCACACCGCGCUCUACGCCGCCCUCUUCCUCUUCGCUUACCUGCAGCUCUGGCUGCUCCUCUACUACCGGCAGCGGCGGCUGAGCUACCACACGCUCUGCCUCUCCCUCUGCCUGCUCUGGGCUGCCCUCAGGACCACCCUCUUCUCCUUCUACCUGCAGAACUCCCUGCAGGCCCUCCGCCUUCAGCAGCCCUUCGCCCACUGGCUCCUCUACUGCCUGCCCGGCUGCCUGCUCUUCUCCAGCCUCUGCCUCCUCAACCUCUAUUUCGCUGAGGUCAUAUUCAAAGUAAAAUGUGCAGCUGAAUUCAACAAGUACAAGGUCCUGUUGUAUUUGGGCUCCAUAUUUACCAGCCUCUUCUUCUUAGUUGUGAACUUAACUUGUGCAAUGUUAAUCCACGGUGAGGUCCCAGAGGACCAGCUGAGGUGGACAGUCCUUGCCCGUGCCCUUGUCAACGACAGCCUCUUCAUCCUCUGUGCCAUCUCACUGGCUUGCUGCAUGUGCAAACUAGGAAAGAUGUCUUCAGCAAAUGUCUACCUCGAGUCUAAGGGAACAUCUGUCUGCCAGGCUAUUCUUGUGGGGUCUGUAGUGGCUCUUCUGUAUUCCUCAAGGGCUUGCUAUAACCUGGUUGCUGUGGCCAUAUCUCCAGACAAUGUUCCUGGUCCUUUUAACUAUGGCUGGGACAACUUUUCAGACAAGGUGCAUGUGGAAGUGAGCAGUGAGGAGUACGUGGUGUUUGGGGUUGUCCUCUUCCUCUGGGAGCUGGUGCCAACGACCUUCGUGGUGCUGUUCUUCCGGGCUCAGCGACUGAGUCAGAACUUGACUGCAGCGGGGAUGGUGAACAGUCACAGUUACAGCUCCAGAGCCUAUUUCUUCGACAAUCCGCGGCGCUACGACAGCGACGAUGACCUGUCCCGGCUCGGGGCCAGGGAAGGAGGCUUGGCCACCCCUCAGUGCUCUGGCUGCUACGGGUCCCUGGCUGGGAACGACAGCUACAUGGUGGGUCCCCAUCCCAGUGGAACUGCUCCAGACACUGCUCCCUUGCUCUUUGCCGCAGGCGGCUCCGAGAGGAACAGCCACCAUAGCUCAUCCCCUGUGCCACACAACUGAAGAGGCUGCGAGGUCCCCUUCUUCCCAGAAGUGGCAUUCAUGUAUAGGAUUGUAACCUGGUUUUCUCUUUCCUUCUUCCCUGAAGCAUCUAACUCAUCGACACAAACAUUCCACUACCUGCUGCAGCUGGAGCAGGACUGAGCCUGUGGCUGCAGGCAGUAAAGCGAGAGAACUGUGACUUUAAAGGUACCAUGUAGCAAAGUGAAGCUGAACUCUCUCUGGAAGCUUUUUCUUGGUCUGGUCUUCAAGAUGUUGGCAGCUAAAUGCACCAGAGCUUCCUCACUUGGAAAAGAAAACAUCAAAUGCAUAUUUGCACUUUUAUCUGCACACUUGGAAGGAACGAAUCUUGCUCAGACUGUGCUUGGUCUGAGGCUGUUCUAGUUACUCUUUUAAUUGCACAUCCAUAGCUGGGAGAGGCACCGUCUUCCUGCAAAGACGUGGUCCAUGAAGUACUCUGCAUCCAGACUCACUUGGGAGUGUGAAGCUCUGUCAUCCCAGCGUGUUCCAGGCAGGGCCUCUAUUCCCACAGGGAAUGCUGAAGCGUUCUGUGCCAUAUUCCCACCCAGCAGGCCCGAGGCCUCUGGCUGAGUGAGCUCUUGCUCUGGCCCUGGCUUCACCCCAUUGCUGAACUGUCCUUCCUGGGGCUGUGGGUUCAGAGCUGAGCUCAAAGCAGGGCCUGUGAGGGGAGAUGAAGUGCUCCUGGUGGUGGGAAGAUCACGAGGCUGUAACUGACCCACGAGCUUAUGGCCAAGGGACAGGGCUGGUGUGCAUGGCAGCUGCUGUUGAGUGAAGGGGGAGACUUCAUAGGCUGCUGCCUCCUGGGGAAGCUGGAGCUGGCUCAGCUGGGGUGUGUGGCCCAAAGCACAUGAAGAACUAGGGCUGCCUUUACUGGUGGGUGCUGAGAGCAGUCCUGCUCCCUCCUCUUCACCAGCAGCAAGGCUCCCCUCUCCCCCUCAGUAUUAAACUGCAUUUAGCAGAGUUUCAACCUGAAGUGAAUGUGAACUGGUGGGGUCCCCACUGAGGUGCAGGAGGUGUCUGCUUGCAGAGGCCUGCUGCAGAGUGUCUCUUUUCAACCAAAUUAGCCAAGCUUGGCCUGGCCUGUAGCUCCAUUGGGCUCUUGGUGAAGAGGAUUGAUGUUAUUCCUGGCUUGUCCCUGAGCCUGAUGUGGAGAAGAGGGAAACAGCUUUGGACAUGGGCUGGGCAGGAGGCACUAGUCCAGGGAGGGACCUCUAGUGCCAGCCUGAACCAGAACUGCUUUUAACCCACCUAGGGCUGCUCCUGCUGGUCAAACCCAAGUCUGACACUGAAGGACCCAGCUUGGGGUGAAGGACUUACCUGUGCAGGGAGUGGUUUGGUGCUGUGGGACAUUGGGCUGUGGUGCUGGGGAGACCCUGAGGCAGCCUCAGUGUCCCCAGGUGUGUGUGAGAGAAACCCCCAGCGCUGGGGCAGCCCCAGCUGCUCAUCACUUGCUGUGUGCUCACUAGUAUGGCCUGCUCACCCCCUCACCCACCUUGCUUGUGCUGACCUAGGUGUCACUUGUCACGCUGAGAACACCCUGUCACUCUCUGGGGCCUCUCCCCCUGCUCACCUGCUUCACUCUGGCCUCCCCCACCCCCCAAAAAAAACAACAAAGGAGCACCCCCUGCUGCUUUCUGGAGAAGGCUCCAAGAUGACAACUUCCAGCACGUCCCUCUUGUUUUAGCACUUGAACCAGAGAGCUCCACCCUGGCUCUCCUGGCUGUGGUGGCAUUUGGGACCUGUCUCCUGGGCUGCAGACAUGGGGUUGCUCCAUUUCCAUGGCUGCUUGACUUAUGGCAAAGCUAAGGAAGGACCUGGACUCGGUGCGUUGCCCUUCUUUCUUCUCCCAUAAGUCACCAAAGACGACAAGUGACGCUGAGUGGGCCCUGUCAUUGCUUCAAUUCCAAAGCACUAGGAGCACUUUAAGUUUUUCUUUGGAGGGAGAGUAGUGCAAAAAAAAUAUAAAAAAAAAUAAAUUAAAAACUUUUUAAAAAAGAAACUUCAAGGGCUACAGGCUCAUUGUUCAUAUUGCACUGAAGCACACACCAACCACACGAGCUUCCUGGCAGGAGGAGGGCAGGUCGGGGCAGUGAGUCUCCUUGCUGAUGUACUUGGGAGUGACUGGCAAAGUGGUUUGGGUUUUAUUCCUUUGGAUGGAUGGCUGUUAAUUUCAAAACUGACCACUCCUCCCUGGGGCUGGUCCUGUGUUUUACUGAAGUAAUUUAUAGCUGAGAAGUACAACGACUUUUUUAAUGCAUAGUUGCCUUUCAUUAAACUUUUAAUUUUAUUUUUGGUUUUGGUCUGGUUGAACAGUGUUUUUGGCUUUGCAGUCAGGCAGCAGCUGGCUGCAACAGGAAGCUGUGGCCAAUGAAUGUACCUAUUUGUUCUUCACUAAACUGUAACCAAGCACUACUAUGUUGAAAUAAAAAAAAUAAAUAAAAAAAUCAAGAAUUAAAAAAAGAGAGUUUGUGUG